AUGGGCGCCAGCGGAUCGCAACCUGUUGUGACCUACGACGAGGCCGUCAAGCGACUGCCCGAGGAAUGGCUGGAGGCCGUGCGCCUCAGCUUUCAGGAGAUGUCCAAACACAACAAGGACCUGUCUGGCAAGGUGACGAAGCAGCAGUUCAGGGAGUUCUACGGCGCCAAGGUCAUCUCCCACCUCGGCCCCAUCUUUGACCGCCUCUUCGAAGUGCUGGACCAGGACGGGGACGGGUCGGUCGACUUUGAGGAGUUCAUGAGUGGCAUGUUCAUCUUCGGCCGCGGUUCGCGCGAGGAGAAGCUCAAGUUUCUCUUCAAGCUGUACGAUAUCAACGGGGACGGGCUGCUCAGCCGCGAGGAGUUCGACAAGAUGCUCCGCGGCUCCCUCAAGGCCACCCAGGCUGCCAUGGGUGCGCUGCUGCUGACGGAGACGACGGAGUACAACGACCUGGUGUCGGCCGUGCGGCGCAACCUGAAGGAGAGCGGGCCGCGGAUCACGUACAUCAUCGACUCGAUCUUCAACGAGACCGACCUCAACCGCGACGGCUACCUCUCCUACGACGAGUUCAAGCAGUGGGCCACCGGCAAGGGCAAGGACGACCUCCACAUCGACCAGUGGAUGGACUCCCUCCUGCCCCAACGGAUCGAGCAGCUGAAGCUGGCGGACGAGAAGGGGCCGAACCCGAAGGAGGAGGCCACCCUGCUGGCCGAGGACAUCCGGCUCGAUGCCACGUCGUCCCGCUACGUGCAGGUCCUGCCCGACGGCCGCACCGUCAAGUACACCGGAUCGGGAGUGGAUUUGCAUGCGUCGAGCGGGUACCAGACGGGCCUCGUCCACCCUGACGUGAUGGUGGACACCGACCUCUCGUCCCUCUUCUACUUCGAGUUCACCCUCACCGAUGCCGGCCUCACCGGAGGGAACGCGAUCGGGUUCUACCCGGCCGACGAGACGCUGUCCGGUGCGCCCGGGUGGUACCACAACUCCUACGGCUACCACGCCGACGAGGGCUGUCGCUACUUCCAGAUGAAGAAGGAGGUGUUCAAGGAUGGGUCGCGGUACACUGAGCGCCCGUGGGGCACGGGCGACGUGGUGGGCGCCGGCAUCAACAAGGACACCAUCUUCUUCACCCGCAACGGCAAGAGACUCGAGCCGUCGUACACGCGGGUGCAGGGCGUGUUCUAUCCGGUGGUGUGCUUCACCAGCCCGGGCGCUGUCGGCGUCUGCAACUUUGGCGAGAAGCCCUUCAAAUACGACCUCGGCGCGCCGCAAGAGUCGAACAGUCUGAGGAUUUCGGUGGUGAAGCCCCGAGGAGACAAGCGCGAGUGA